AUGAAUAAUCAAAAGACCAUAGCUGCGAUCCUGCAGGAGUGCAAGCAAGUGCUGGACCAGCUCCUGUUGGAAACAUCAGCUGUGUCAGAGGAGGCCAGGAGGGAGGACGAGCAGUGCAGAGCUUCACUCCCCAGCGAGUUAAGGACCCUGAUCCAGGAGGCAAAGGAAAUGAAGUGGCCCUUCGUGCCUGAGAAGUGGCAGUACAAACAAGCCGUGGGCCCAGAGGACAAAACAAACCUGAAGGAUGUGAUUGGCGCUGGGCUGCAGCAGUUACUGGCUUCCUUAAAAGUGUCCAUCCAAGCGAAGGACUGUGCGACUGCAGCAGCUAUUGUGUUCCUAAUGGACCGAUUCCUGUAUGGACUGGAUGUCUCCAGCAACCUCCUACAAGUUGCCAAAGGUCUCCACAAGCUGCAGCCAGCAACACCAAUUGCACCGCAGGUGGUUAUUCGCCAAGCCCGAGUCUCAGUCAACUCAGGGAAACUUUUAAAAGCUGAAUAUAUCCUGAGUAAUCUAAUAAACAACAAUGGUGCAACAGGUACCUGGCUGUACAGAAAUGAAAGUGACAAGAUCCUGGUACAGUCAGUCUGUAUUCAGAUCAGAGGACAAAUUUUACAAAAGCUAGGGAUGUGGUACGAAGCUGCAGAACUGAUAUGGGCCUCCGUCAUAGGAUUUUUGACACUUCCUCAACCAGACAAAAAGGGUAUUUCCACAUCCCUAGGAAUACUGGCUGAUAUCUUUGUUUCCAUGAGCAAGAAAGAUUAUGAGAAGUUUAAAAGCAAUCCACAAAUUAAUUUGACUCUCCUGAUGGACUUUGACCACCAUUUGCUGUCAGCAGCAGAAGUCAGCAAGCUCGCGGCUGCCUUCACCCCCUACACACCUUUAUUCGUGCUCACGGCUAUGAAUAUCUGUGGCACAUGCUUAUUGUCGUACAGCAGUUCUAGUGACUGUCCCCCAGAAAUGAAAAAUCUGUUCCUGUAUAAAGCUAAAGAAGCCUUUGAGAUCGGCCUUCUCACCAAGAGAGAUGACGAGCCUGUUUCUGGAAAACAGGAGCUUCACACUUUCGUCAAAGCUGCUUUCUGUCUCACCACAGUGCACCAAAGACUCCAUGGAGAGACGGAGAGCAUCCGUGCAGCAAGUCAGCUAUGUAGUGAAGCAAUGGGAAAGUUGUACACUUUCAGCACUUUGUCUGGGAGCGAGGACAGGGAAACUCUGUCUAGAGAAAUCAUGUCUGUUAUCACCCAGGUGAAGGAUCAUUUGCAAGUUCAAAGCUUCCCAAACUCGGAUGGCAGAUCUUAUGUUCCAGAGAGCUUCAUGAGUUCAUUGGAUAAAUUCAUUUUGCAUGGGCAAGUGGAUUUCCAAAAUAUCCUUGAAACCUAUUCACAACAUCAUACUUCAGUGUGUGAAGUAUUUGAAAACACCUGUAGAAACAAUCAAAAGAAACCAAAAGAUACGGGAAUCUGCAUCACUGCUCUAAAAACAGAAACAAAAACCGUCGAUACUGUGAGUGUUACUGAAGACAAGCCCCAUUUUGAAAAAGAGCCAAGAAUGUCUUCUUCCCAAACAGGAAGCAAUGGUGGGGAGAAACUCAAGAGUCUAAGAAGGAAAAACUGGCUCCAUUCUAAUGCAUUCCGAGUUUCUCUUGAUGAAGAUACGGAGACGGAGCCUGCACCACAAGAACACAGCAAUGGCAGGGGUGCUGUUUUGAACACAUCUCUGAAUGACAGCCAGAGUUCCAGUUCUUGGAGCAAGCUAUCAGAGUUUAGUUCUUCUACAAGCUGGGAGGAAGUGAAUUAUGUGGAUGAUAAGCCAGAUGGAAAAGAGUCUAACAAAGAAAAUCUUGUGGACACGCAAUGUUCUACCGCCCUGUCAGAAGAGGGAGGAAACAAUGGGGGAAACAAUGCUGGGCAUUCAUUGUCUUCAGAAGUCCAUGAUCUCUCUCUCCAGGGGUACAAGGAUGACAAUGUAGAGUAUUCUCAGAGGCAGCUGCAUAAGCACACGCCCUUGUCAACUGCCACUUAUCAUAGUAUAACAAGUAAUUCCGUGGCCUCUGGGAAAGUGUCAUUAAAAAACACUCUGGAGGGUAACCAGAAAGUCAGAAAUAAAGAGCCCAGAAAUACUUCUGUUCAUUCCAGAGCCUCACGUGGUUCUGCUUCUUUCUGCUCUAGUCCUGGUGGGUCUAAGAAUGUGCCUACUUGUCCAUUGGUCCAAGGAGAGAGAACCUUUGAAAAAAGUGCAGAAAUCAACUGCAAUCCUAAAGUUAGCCAUGGGAAAGAGAAAAGAGAAGAAAUUGUUAACAGAGUCACAGGACUUGAAUUUAAAAGUAACCCCUCCUGGGUUGACCCAGAAGGUGAAACAGCUGAAGGUCCAGAAGACGCACCCUCAGGCCUUCCUCUAGUCAUAGACGAUUCUCUGGGCAGUGGUUCCAUGAAAGCAAGCAGCUCUUUCACUCCCUGUUGGCCUGGCCAGAAUCAUAGCCUAGGAUAUGGUGGUGUUUCAACCAAAGAGCAAGACAUUGAUCCUGAUGCAUCCACAGUAGAUGAGGAGAGUCAACUACUUGGCAUCAUGGAUGUUCAAAUCACAAAUCAACAUGAUGUUCAUAGACCAUGUGCCCGGAGACCACUGCUUGGCCAGCUGGCUGAGACUCUCCAUUCUUCUGUAAACAGGAACAGCCCUUGCCCUGUCUUCAACCAGGACUGCACUACCACAGAUGAGGGGAAUGGACCUGGAAACAUGCUGAACUGCAGCCAGAACUCCAGCUCAUCCUCGAUGUGGUGGUCUAGAUCAUCUGUGUUUUCCAGUGGUUCUUCUGAGGGUGAGAGCCCAUGGUCUUUCUUGAAUUCCAGUGGGAGUUCUUUUGUUUCAUUGCCAGGAAAGACCAGGAAAGAGAUCCUUGAGGCUCGUACCCUGAAGCCCGAUGACUUGGAAAAACUCUUGGCAGGAGUGAGGCAUGAUUGGUUGUUUCGGCGACUGGAGAAUACAGGAGUGUUUAAGCCAAGUCGCCUUCACCAAGCACACAAUGCUCUUUUGUUAAAAUAUUCCAAGAAAUCUGAACUGUGGACAGCCCAGGAAACUGCUGUAUACUUUGGGGACUACCUGGAUGUGAAGAAGAAAGGAAAACAAAGAAAGGCCUUUUGGGUUCAUUAUCUUCAUCAGGAAGAAAUUUUGGGAAGGUAUGUUGGGAAAGAGUAUAAAGAACAGAAGGGACUCUGGCACCACUUCAGUGAUGUGGAAAGGCAGAUGACCGCACAGCACUAUGUGACAGAAUUUAACAAGAAGCUCUAUGAACAGAGGAUCCCAACACAGAUUUUCUAUAUUCCAUCUACAAUAUUACUGAUUUUAGAAGACAAAACAAUAAAGGGAUGUGUCAGUGUGGAGCCUUAUAUUCUGGGAGAAUUUGUAAAAUUAUCAAAUAACACGAAAGUGGUGAAAACAGAAUAUAAAGCUACAGAAUAUGGGUUGGCUUAUGGCCAUUUUUCAUAUGAGUUUUCCAAACACAGAGAUGUUGUGGUUGAUUUACAAGGCUGGGUGACUGGUGAUGGAAAAGGGCUCAUCUACCUCACAGAUCCCCAGAUUCACUCUGUUGAUCAAAAAGAUGUCUCCACAAAUUUUGGAAGGAGAGGAAUUUUUUAUUUCUUUAAUGACCAGCAUGUGAAAUGUAAUGAAAUCUGUCAACGUCUCUCUUUGACGAGGCCUACAAUGGAGGAACUUAGUAAAUCUUAG